AUGACAAGAAUCAUAGAAGGUGCCACUAAGAACUCUGCACUAGAGUACACUUGGUUUAAUCGAAUAAAUUAUAGAGCGAACUCACAGAGAAAAUCAAGAGAGUUCGCCAAAGAAGUGAAUUUUACGACAAAAGAAGAGCAACCUGAUCUAUCCUAUGAUCACGGGGCACGCUGGUCGCACCACGCGGUGAUCGACAACUCUGCUCUUGCAAGCGUUGGCGUCCACAGAUGCACCUUCGAAAAGCAACCUCCAGCUAACCUCCGUAAAUCAAACUUCUUCCACUUUGUACUGGCCCUUUACGAUCGUCACAAUCAGCUGAUCGAGGUCGAGAAAACUUACUUUGUUGACUUCAUCGAAAACGAUCUUGAACCCACCGCCGAAAAAACCAACAACGGUGUACAUUACCGAGUCCAACUCGCCUACUCAAAUGGAGUACGAACUGAACAGGACCUUUACGUCCGACUUGUGGACUCUGGAACAAGGCAACCGAUUGUAUAUGAGGGGCAAGAUAAAAAUCCUGAAAUGCAAAGAGUUCUCCUUACUCAUGAAAUUAUGUGCUCGCGAUGCUGCGAUAAAAAAUCCUGCGGCAACAGAAAUGAAACUCCAUCUGAUCCAGUUAUCGUCGACAGAUAUUACUUGAAAUGUUUCUUGAAAUGCAACCAGAACUGCUUGAAGAACGCCGGAAACCCACGGGACAUGCGAAGGUUCCAGGUGGCUGUUGGUACUUGUGCCCAGCUUGAUUCGGCUCUGUUGGCUUUUUCUGAUAACAUGUUCGUCCACAAUAAUUCAAAGCACGGAAGGCGCACUCGUAGACCAGAAAUUUCUGAUGAGAUGACAGGAGACUUGUCCCUGACGCCUUCAAUCAAGGCUAUUUCACCAUCUGAAGGCUGCAUGACAGGCGGCACAUCGGUUGUGAUUGUGGGAGAGGGUUUCUUCGACGGCAUCCAAGUUGUUUUCAAUGGAACGAUUGUCUAUGCGGAGCUCAUAUCGCCGACCGCACUGCGAUGCCAAACUCCUGCUCGAUCCGCUCCUGGGCUUUCUGAGGUCUCACUUAUCUACAAAGGCAAACACUUCCUCAAAAACUCACCGGCGAGGUUUAAUUUCACACAGCCGACCCAGAACAGCAUUGAGUUUGCGCUUGCACGUCUGACCAAGACUGUGCCAAAAUACCCAUCCGAUCCUCCGGGUAAUUUACCAAAGGAAAUCAUUUUGCGAAGAGCGGCGGACAUUUGCGAGUCUUACCUGCAGCGCUAUGCUCCUCCAGUGAACACUUAUCAAAUUCACCCGUCCGCAAUAACUGUCCAGCAAGAACAUCCUGCUGUCGAGAAGAUCGAAUCCGACUCGGUUGGAUACUCGAGGGACACAAACUCAGUUUCCCCGGUCCGGCAAAGCUUCUCGCCUCCAACGAUUCAGUACACUACCUCACCAGCAACAACUGCGUACUACCAGCCUGCAAGCCCAUCCUCCUCGUACACGACUUAUAGCGGCGCAACCAUUCUUUCGUCUGGGCCACAGCAAACCAUAAUCACGACAGCACCUCAGAACUCGGCGGCAACCGGUAUGUUCAGCUUCUCACCCGCUAACCUCGUCACAAUGACUGGAAAGAAAAUUUCGCCGCUCUCCUUCACUCAGUUGAAAGUAACGUCUAAUGACCCGGGUGCAGGUGCCACUGCGGGCAUCGCAACACUGGGAUCAGACGCAGUCAGUGGCAGUCAGUCUCAGCUUCAAAUCCAAAGUUAA